AAUAUAUAUAUUGCCAAAAGGUAUUAUAUGGGGGGGUGUAAAUAAAAUGGCCGUGAUUCGUUGACCGAGCUUUAUCAAUUAUUCGUGAGUGUGUGCGCAUGUAAGUACACGUGCUUGGCUGAGUGUGGUGUAUAUGAGGGGGGUUUUGAGAACAAUUGAAGAGGUGCACACAGGCUUUCCAAUUAGUGUCUAAUCGGUUUAAAGCAAGUGUGGCAUCUAAGUAUAGCAAGACAUGAUAUUGUCUUACGUUACACUCGUGCGUAAAAAGUUUUGCUGAUAUUUAAACGCCAAGAGGUUGAAUUAUAUUGUCUCUCUGGUGCGUGAAAAUUUCUUGAUUAAAUUGACAUCUAAAUUGGCGCAAAAAAUUUGGAAAAUUUGGAAAAUGAGAUCGUAUGACGGUGAAAGUAGUUCUGGGGAAGAAGAUGACAAACGAGAGGUUUUACCGGAAGUACAUUUACAACCUUGGCAACGAUCAGCUUCUCAUCCUACUUGGGCUUGGGAACAUCGCAAUGAAUUGCCAGCUCAUUCGGGAGAAUCGAUGGGUUCAAUGAAUUUUAAUCCAGUGGGAAUUCCUCAUCCAAGUGUAUCUGGACCUCCAGUUGGUUAUUCGUCUUCGGAACAUUCUCAAAGUGCACCAGGAAGAAGAACUCCUUUAGGAGCGGUAGGACUCGGUGGUUUCUAUUUUCAGCAACAACCACAACCGCAAACUUCAUCUAAUUCAUUGUCCGAUGAAAAUAAGCCAGACCAAGAAAGACCUGAAACUUCAAGACUGAAUUGCCCUUCAAAAUCAAAAACAACUCGUCAGGGAAAAAGUGUGAGAUUGAAUAUAAAUGCCAGAGAACGUAGAAGAAUGCAUGAUUUAAAUGAUGCACUGGAUGAAUUACGAUCUGUUAUUCCCUAUGCUCACAGUCCGUCCGUUAGAAAACUUUCGAAAAUAGCAACACUUUUAUUGGCAAAAAAUUAUAUUCUCAUGCAAGGAAAUGCCCUAGAUGAACUUAGAAGAGUAAUAGCAGUGCUUCAAUCACCUCAUGCACACACCACUGCAUUGCCAUCUACCCCUGUAUCAUAUGAUCUACUUCAUGGAUUUCCAGGAAAACUUUUUCAAGGUGUUUCCGAGAUGCAAGGACUUGUCUCAGGAAGCCAACAAGCACCCACACCAAUUGGUCUUCCUAUUGAUGAUUCAAUUAAAAAUACUGAAGCAUCAUAAGAAACUAUUUUUUUUUCGAUUCGUAUAUUAUAAGUAUAUAUAUAUAAUAUAUCAAAAAAUUCGCAGAGUUCUCCUUAUUCUGCGACGAGUGAAAAUUCUAGUCAUAUAGCUGAUAAGAAAUAUGCAGCAGUUUCUGUAAUGCUUUCGCGUUCAGUCUGCGCAAAAAAAAAAAAUGAAUCAAACUUUUGAAAGUAUUCUCUCUAAAUCUGAAUCAAUCAAAAUUCACGAAUAAGAUAAUUAAUUGAAAAUUUCUUUUAAUUAAAUUCUAA